UUUUAAGUGGGAAAGUGAUGACAUGUUCGAAUAUGCCGAUGUUGGCAGUUUUUGUAAACAAAACUAACCAAAACAUUAGCCAGAAAUUUUGUUUAAAUCUUGCUCUGGCUACGGUUUGGUUUUGAGUUGCGGCAAAUCAAACUAUUAAUUAUAAUAUGUUGACUGAUCCCUGUAUGUGUAACGAGAAUAAUUUUAACAGCAACUUUUGCAAUGACUCCUGAAACGUUUAAGCACCACAAAGACCAAGUUCUUCAGGGAGUCGAUCUGAGCCGCAAAGGUUGUGUUGACGAGCCUAUCAAACAGCUGGUGGAAUUUAUAAAUGGCCUAGAAGACUUUGUUACUACAAGCUCGUGCUCAGGCAGAGCCAUUCUCUUCUGUGAGGGCGGGAGCAACAAGAAGGGCUGUAGGUGGCUGUACACGAGCCACGGCGCGGCGGAGGAAGGCACGCUCGUGGCGAGUGCGAACCCAGCGCACGGCAGCCUCGUGCUCAAGUACGAGCCGCUCAUCCUCCACGUCCAGUGCCUCAGCGUGGAGCGCGCAAAGACGAUGGCACCACACGUGCGCCUUGGACUCGGGCUUCAGGAACUCUGGCAUAACCAUCGGCAAGAACGGGAAGGUGACGCUGGCCGUCCGCAGCUGCAUCGGGCUGGAGGCUCCUCUGUCGGAAGACGGGCAGCUCAUGGUGACCGAGGAGUACCUGAAGUUUUUAACAAGAAAAGUGAACGAGAAAGUGAAAGAAAACACAAUUCGUUCAGAGCGAUUUUUUCAUAACCUGAAGAGGGUUUUUAAUGGUACAGUGUGUGAUAUUUUAACUUAAUUGCAAACAUUCAAGUUAAUGUGUGCAUAUUCUAUUAAUAAUUAUUAAAUUAAAGCAAAUAAGUCACAGCUUGUGUACAGAAAAACCCUCUUAUUUACACUUUUCAGGGGGAAAGAAGGAAAAGUUUAAACUCGGAGAAAACUCAGAGUAAUAUAUGUGUUAGUUUUAAAGUUUUAUCUCAAUCAUAUGUUACCUCAUUUCCUGUAUACAUUUCUUCUAUACAAAUACAUUACAUUAAAUUUUUUUUUUGUAUUGUAGCCUGAUAAUAUACCAUAUGCCGUGACCUAAAUAUAUCACAUAAGAAAACAACAAAA